GGGGAGAGGAAACGCUACAGAAAUGCCUGGUAUGUCUUACUGUGCCCCCCUGCGCAAGUUUUCAUUUCUGUGCUCAGAGUGCCCAGCAGCCACGAGCGCUCCUCACACUCAGCAGACAGCUGCUUGUUUUCGUCAGCAGGAGGUUGCCUCCUUUCGACGGCACACGGACACGAGACGCGCACGCACACACAUAGGCUCCUGCUGUCUUCCAUCAGCACCUCUGCUGUUCUCCUCCCAAGGGCUUUCUGCUGCCUCUCCUUCGGAAACAUCCCGGGACUGUGCUCCACAUCUCUGAGACGGGACCCAGAGCCACAGAGCCAGCUUCGUACAAGCCGCGGGCCUGCAGGUGAAAAAACCAGAAGACUGAAUCCCUCCAGGACCAGGGUUGGGGAAACCAGCAGACCCUGUGGGUUUCCAGGACGAGGUUGCAGAAACCAGCAUCCUCUGUGAAUCUUCAGUACCGGGACUGAAACCUCUUUGAAGAACAAACAUUCACUGUACAGAAAAGUGUUGUGAGUGGCGAUGGGUGAUUGGAGUCUUAUGGGAACCUUCCUUGAAGAGUUGCAGGAACACUCGACUUCGGUAGGCAAGGUCUGGCUGACCGUCCUCUUCGUCUUCCGCGUCCUGGUCCUGGGCACGGCAGCGGAGUCCUCCUGGGGCGACGAGCAGUCGGACUUCAUGUGCGACACUGAGCAGCCCGGCUGUGAGAAUGUGUGCUACGACAAGGCCUUCCCCAUCGCCCACAUCCGCUACUGGGUCCUGCAGAUUGUGUUUGUCUCUACCCCCUCCCUCAUAUACAUGGGUCACGCCAUGCACAUACUGCGGGUAGAGGAGAAGCGCAGGCGGAGGGAGCUGGAGGACAAGGGUGGGGGUGAGGUCGGGGGUGGGGGUGGGGAGAAGGAGUACCUGGAGGGGAAGGAGUCUGGGAGGGCGGAGGACACGGGGAAGUUGCACCUGAGGGGGGCACUGCUGAGGACGUAUGUGCUGAGCAUCCUGAUCCGCACUGCGAUGGAGGUAACCUUCAUUGUGGCGCAGUACAUGAUCUAUGGAGUCUUCCUCAAUCCGCUGUAUGUCUGUGAGGCCUGGCCCUGUCCCAACCCGGUCAACUGCUACAUGUCUCGGCCAACAGAGAAGAACGUGUUCAUUGUCUUCAUGCUGGUGGUGGCGGGCGUGUCCCUGUUCCUGAGCGUGGUGGAGCUCUACCACCUGGCCUGGAAGCAAUCAAAGCGAUGCUUUCGAGACUACCUGGCCUCCCGCGCUCAGCAGCCCAAACCUGCCCCCGUGGCACCCAUUGGCUGCGAGCUCGAGACUCCCCUGCAGGUCUCCCGCACCCGCACCCCACCCCCUGAUUUCGACCAGUGCCUGGCGACGGCACUACCCCACUCUCACACUGGCCACGCCCACCCAAGCUGCCAACCGUUCAACAACAGGAUGGCCCACCAGCAGAACUCCGUCAACCGGGCAACCGAGCGCCACCACAGCCACGACAACCUGGAGAAGGUGGACUUCCUGCAGAUGAGCUACACGCAGGAAACCGAGGCAGCUGACACCUGUGGCCUGCCCUCGGCUCCGCCUCCUGCUCUGGCCCUGAACAACGGCUUCUUAAAGGACAAGCGGCGCCUCAGCAAGACCAGUGGCUCCAGCAGCCGAGUGAGGCCGGAUGACUUGGCCGUGUAGGAGAUGGAAAGGGAGCAAAAGUGGGAGGGCGAGGAAAGGGAAAAUAGGGAGGGAGAGUCGAAGGAAACGUGCUGAACUGAAAGAGGUGGGAUCAAACUACUAAAGAGCAAGAGAGACUUUUAACAGUGAGAGAGCUGCAUUUUCUAACAGAAGACAAAAGAAAAAAGGUCCAUAUUUCCCCCACAGAGUGCGGGGUAGGGCCCAGACUGCUACCAGUGAAAACAGUCCAAAGCAGAGGGGGUGCAAAGUCCCUGGGAUUGCACUUUUCUCAAACCUGUGAAAACUUGGAGUAACCUACUGUGCACUGGGGACUAUGUGGACAUGUGAACAUACGUGACAAUUUAUUUUAUGUUAAUUACCAAAAAAGACUACAUCACAAACUGAAUUUUUAUGACUGUCCACGUUUUAGUGCUAUUUAUAUUUUAAUAGCGUAUGACACCUGGCGGCCUUGAAAUAUCAGAUGUAUACAUACUUUUAGCACACGCAAUUUCUAAAUCAGAAGCACAAUAUGUUUUUCAUUACUGUAGGUAGGAUCCAUGUACAUGUAUAUUCAAAGCUUUAGAAAAUCAUAUAGCACUCAAAAUAUGAUACAUACCUACACAUAGGUAUGAUUAUGUGUGUCCCAUAAUACCCAGUGACUGAAAUCUCAUUCCAGCUCCCCCCAUGAGGGGAUUUGUGAGAGCUCUCUCCCACCACUAACCCUAACCUCUUAUGGUAAAACAGGCUGGUUGGCAGCACCAGUGCACAUGGUGCGUGUCUCUCCUCCAAAUGCAGUCCAUGGUCUGGUGUUCACUGCAUGGGCCAAACAGUAGGUGAGCAAACACAGAUCCCUCUGGCACAAAGGGGCUUACUUCAAGUGCUGAAAACAAAAGUGCACCAGCAAAAGAAAUUUAAACAGCCGAUUUCUGAAACAAUUUUUAAAAAAUCUUGCUGGAUAUGCAGUUGUAGUAAAGUGUUUCAAAACAAAGUGUGGGGCUAGGUUUUUUCUGUUUUUCUUUUUCGAAUUCAAGUGCCAGCUGAUUUUUCAUGGACAGCUGACUAAAGAAAAUGUGACCAGAACAAAUGAAACUUGACAACAUGUCAAUUUCUAAGGCUGGAGAACAUUUAAAAGAAGUACACAGCAAAACCGAACACAUAAUCAGUUUUUUCACAACCGCAUAGCCAUUGCUGUGACUCUUAACCAAUAUAUGCAGGAAGCCACUUUAUCACUCAUUUUGCAGUUGUAUUCACUGAUAUUUAUAACACACAGGGCAAGAAGGAAAGAUGCUGAUCACAUACUGCCAAAUACAUAGCUCUGCUUACUGUCCUCACCUCAUGUGACUAAGGAGAGGGUGCCUGGCCUAUAAUGCUAACUGAUUGUAACUGUACUGUGAUGUUGUUUAUUUGUUAUUUUUCAUGUAAUAAUGAAAGUAAUUUUAAAAUAUAAUUGAUAUAAAAUUAUGCAUAAAUGAA